UAUUUUGGAGGGAAUGCGGGGUCAAUGGAAAUUACUCAACCAGCCUUGAAGGUUCUGCAGAAUUACAUUUAUACCCUUAUUCGGAUAAGGCGGACAAUUGGGCCUUUGGUACGAAGGAUGCGAGUGUGGUCAUCACUGCUCCGCCCCCUCCGCCACUUGAAUAUCGAAACCCGCCGCCGCCGCUCCUCCUCCUCCAUGGCGACCGACGCCGAAUCAAUUGCCCCAGGGAAGUCUAAGCUGGGUUGGAUCGGCACUGGUGUGAUGGGACGAUCGAUGUGCUCACAUCUCCUCAAGGCCGGGUAUGCCGUAACCGUCUUCACCCGCACGCCGGCCAAGGCCGAAACCCUACUAUCCAUGGGAGCUCACUGGGCUGAUUCUCCGAAAUCCCUCGCUUCCCAAUCCGACGUCGUCUUCUCCAUCGUCGGCUACCCGUCCGACGUCCGCCAGGUCAUCCUGGACCCGUCGUCCGGCGCCCUAACCGGCCUACACCCCGGCGGCGUGAUAAUCGAUAUGACAACAUCAGAUCCUUCCCUCGCUGUGGAAAUUCACUCCGCCGCGUCCGCCGCGGGCUGCUCUUCAGUCGACGCCCCUGUUUCCGGCGGCGACCGCGGCGCGCGUCUCGCCGCACUGUCUAUCUUCACCGGCGGCGAUGAAGCCGUGGUUACUCGCCUGACCCCUCUGCUGAACCUCUUGGGGAGAGUCUAUUACAUGGGCGGGCCGGGGAAGGGGCAAUUCUGUAAAUUAGCUAACCAAGUGACCAUCGCCUCCACCAUGGUGGGGUUAUGCGAGGGUCUGGUCUACGCGCACAAGGCUGGUUUGGAUUUGAGCAAUUACUUGAAUGCGAUCUCGACGGGAGCCGCGGGAUCCAAGUCGCUGGACUUGUACGGUAGCAGGAUACUGAACAGGGAUUUCGAGGCGGGGUUUUACGUCAACCAUUUCGUGAAGGAUUUAGGGAUUUGUUUGAGGGAGUGUCAGAACAUGGGAUUGGCUUUGCCUGGCCUGGCAUUGGCUCAGCAGUUGUAUUUAUCUCUCAAGGCGUAUGGGGAGGGCGAUUUGGGUACUCAGGCGCUGGUUUUGGCACUGGAGAGGCUCAACAACGUGUCUCUUCAGCCUGCAAGUUCGAACUCUUCUGCCUGAAAAAGAAAGCAGCAUUUCCAUCUGAUUGCAGCUGCUAAAAGUAUAAACACAAUUGCUGAGGAGAGAGUUCUUCCAAUGAGAGGAAAGCAACGAAAGCUAUUUGCAUCAUCAAUAUUGGCUACUUGAGCUUAGUUUCCUUGUCAAGAACACACACACACACUCUCUUAUCUAAUGGGCUAUCUGAAUGCAUAAAUUACUGCAUAAUGUGAAUUUUUCAUCACUUGCCAAUGUCAUGUAAUGUAAUUCUCUUUGCAAGGAAUUGCUCACCAUUCUUACCA